UACUAUCGCGAUUGCGCACACGUGCCAGCGAUUUAUAACCUCAAAACGUACUCUGCCCAAAGUCCCAAAGUAUAUGAAAUCAAUUGGCAGUGUUAGAAUAGUUAUAAAAUAGAAAUUUUUAUUAAUCCUUUUUAGGAUUUGAGCUUCAGUAUGGUUCGUAAAAAGAUUGACAACCGUAUACGAGUUUUAAUCGAAAAUGGAGUUAUCAGUGGACACAGAACAAUGUUCGUUAUUGUUGGAGAAAAAGCGAGGGAUCAGGUUGUUCUUCUCCAUCACAUGUUAUCGAAAUCCGUCGUUAAAGCACGACCCUCCGUUCUAUGGUGUUAUAAAAAAGAGUUGGGGUUCAGUAGCCAUCGCAAAAAACGUAUGAAAUCCAUUCAGAAAAAAGUUAAAGCAGGGAAACUUGAUGUCAACGAGGACGACCCUUUCGAAUUGUUUGUUGUAUCAACAAACAUCCGUUACUGUUAUUAUAACGAGACACAUAAAAUUUUAGGAAACACAUACGGAAUGUGUGUCCUUCAGGAUUUUGAAGCUCUCACACCAAAUCUCUUGGCUCGUACUAUAGAAACUGUGGAAGGUGGAGGAGUGAUAAUAUUACUGUUACAAUCCGUUACGUCUUUGAAAAAAUUGUAUACAAUGAGCAUGGAUGUUCAUCAGCGUUUUCGGACCGAGGCACAUCAGGAUGUAGUCUGUAGAUUCAACGAAAGAUUUUUAUUGUCCCUUGCUUCUUGCGACCGUUGUCUCGUUGUGGAUGAUCAACUACGAGUUUUACCAAUAUCGUCGCAAAACUUGAAAAUAGAAGCCCUGCCAAAAGGUGAAACUACGAGCGAGGAACAAGCUGAGCUUGAAACGCUAAAGGAAAGUUUCAAGGACACACAGCCAGUUUCAUCACUGAUAAACUGCUGCAAAACGGUUGAUCAGGCCAAAGCUCUUCUCAAAUUCAUCGAAACGAUAUCCGAAAAGACUUUAAGAUCAACCGUUUCGUUAACCGCGGCGAGAGGUCGUGGAAAAUCUGCGACUCUUGGUCUCGCCAUCGCCGGAGCUGUCGCUUUCGGAUACUCGAACAUUUACAUCUCAAGUCCAAGUCCAGAAAAUUUGAACACGUUGUUCGAGUUUGUUUUCAAAGGUUUCGAUGCUCUGGCUUACCAGGAACAUCUCGAUUACGGCCUGGUUCAAUCAACAAAUCCAGAAUUCAAUAAAGCGACUGUCCGCGUCAACGUUUUUCGAGAUCACAGACAAACGAUCCAGUACAUCCAUCCAACGGACGUACACAAAUUGAGUCAAGCGGAAUUGCUCGUAAUUGACGAAGCAGCAGCGAUUCCGCUGCCUUACGUCAAAGCGAUGCUCGGCCCUUAUCUUGUUUUCCUUUCCUCGACGAUCAACGGCUACGAGGGUACAGGACGUUCUCUUUCUCUCAAAUUGUUGCAACAACUGAGAUCUCAAACUACCACACCGAAUCAUCAGGAUAAAUCCGACAAAUCGAAAUCGGAAAAAUCUCUUCUCGGUCGACAACUUUACGAGCUUACGCUCGACGAAUCUAUUCGUUACAAACCCGGCGACGCCGUCGAAGAGUGGCUCACAAAUUUACUCUGCCUCGAUGCCAUGACUCACGCGCCGAUCCUUUCCGGAUGUCCACCGCCCGACAUUUGCCAAUUGUAUUAUAUCAAUCGAGAUACUCUUUUCUCGUAUCACAAAGCCUCAGAGUUGUUUCUUCAAAGACUUGUCGCACUUUACGUCGCUUCUCACUACAAGAAUAGUCCAAACGAUCUCCAAAUGAUGUCGGACGCACCAGCUCAUCACCUCUUCUGUCUCCUUGGCCCGGUCGAUCCCAACAGAAAAUCUCUGCCCGAAAUUUUGGUGGUUAUACAAGUAUGUCUGGAAGGCGAAGUCAGCAAAGAAACGAUAGCCGAUGGAUUGGGACGGGGACGAAGAGCCGCAGGUGAUCUUAUACCGUGGACAAUCGCGCAGCAGUAUCAGGACAAUGAUUUUCCAAGAUUAGCUGGCGCUCGGAUCGUGCGUUUAGCUACGCAUCCUGAUUAUCAAGGCAUGGGUUACGGAAGUCGAGCUAUGGAAUUACUCAGACAAUAUUACGAAAUGAAAAUACCGAAUCUCGAUGAAAAAUCUGACGAGGCAGCGAGCACGGAAAUUUCUCGAAUUGCGGACGAACAUUUGGACCUUCUCGAGGAAACAAUCGAACCCAGAGCAUCUCUGCCACCACUUCUGCUCAAAUUGACUGAACGACGACCCGAAAGUUUGGACUACAUUGGCGUGUCUUACGGACUGACGGAGCCUCUUUUAAAAUUCUGGAAAAGAUCAAACUUCGUUCCGGUUUAUCUGAGGCAAACUGCAAAUGACAUAACUGCUGAACAUUCAUGCAUAAUGCUGUGCAAAAUCGUUUCGGACGAAGACAAAGACUUUGGAUGGCUCGAGGCUUAUUGGAAAGAUUUUCGACGAAGAUUUACUACCCUUCUGUCGUACUCUUUCAAUAACUAUUCCCCGUCUUUAGCUCUCGGGAUUCUCACGAAUAAAGCUGUUAAAUCUACGAACACAGUUAUCAAAAAAGAAAUGUUGGACGCAUUCUUCACGCCUUACGAUCUGAAGCGUUUGGGAAUGUACAGUAAUAAUAUGGCUGAUUAUCAUUUGAUAAUGGAUUUGUUGCCGCCUCUGGCACGUCUGUAUUUCCUCAAUUUGAUGGGAGAGACGCACUUUUCACCGGUUCAAGCGGCAAUACUUCUCGGGCUGGGUCUUCAACACAAAACGGUGGACAAGCUCGCGGAAGAAUUGGAUUUGCCAUCGUCACAAUUGCUCGGUUUGUUUAACCGAGUUGUACGAAAGUCGAUGCAAUUCCUGAACGGCGUAGCCGAGGAAUUUGUUGAAAGUACGAUGAUGAGAAGCGAAAGAUCAAACGACGAGAUACGUGUCGAUGCGGAAAAGGGAAAAAGCAUGAACGCCGAGUUGGAAGCCGCAGCUAAGGAACUUCAAGCCAAACAACGUGCCGAAUUAGCCAAAUUAAAACAGGAAAAUUUGAAGCAGUACGCGAUAAAAGGCACCGACGAAGAUUGGGACAACGUUCUCAAAAGCAAUUCCAGCAAAUCUCUCAUCUCGAUAAAGAGCGAAUCACUGCCAUAACUCGCCAUCAAACUGGCGAGGCCAGAUUUGUUUUCAAUCACUGGAGAAACUUUAUUUUCCACGAGGAUAUUUUCCUUUUGAGGUUUUUCUGGUGUUGGAGGAAGCGACUCACUGCAUUGAACUGGAACAUUUUCAUCUUCGUCGUCAGAAAUUUGGCACGUCACAUGAAGAAACUCGUCGUCCUCCAUUUGUUCAAUUUCGGGCUCUUCAUCUUCAUUCUCAUCAACGAUUUCACGCAAUUUAGCUGUGGGAGUUCGUUGAAUUUUUAAAAAUUACAUAAUCCCUUAUUCUUUUUAUUGAAUCUUGUUAUUCUAACGUGACAAAUAAAUGUGCAAUAAUUCACUUU